AUGGCUUUCUUUCGAGAGGCGAAGACGAUAAACGCCAUCAAGGAGUACGACGCCAGCAGUAACGAUGCGGAUAGAAUACAAGGGAGCCCAUUGGGUGGCACCUUACACGAUGCGCAAGACAUGAAUCGAAUGGGUAAGAAGCAGGAGCUUCGGAGGAACUUUCGGUUGAUAUCCAUUAUUGGAUUCGUGGUCGUUCUACAAUCGACAUGGGAGACCUACUUCGGUCUCUUCAAUGGCGGUACAGCCGGCGUCAUUUGGAUGAUGGUCAUCACAUGGCUCUUCGUGCUCGCCAUGAUCGCCUCACUGGCCGAAAUGGCCUCGAUGGCUCCUACUGCGGGCGGACAAUACCACUGGGUCUCUGAGUUUGCACCACCAUCAUUUCAAAAGCCACUGAGCUACAUAGUUGGCUGGAGCGCAGCGGUGGGUUGGGUCAGUGGAAUUCCAGCAUGUGCUCAGAUGCUUUCCUCCCUCCUCAUCGGCAUGGUCCUGCUCGCAUACCCCGAUGCGCAAAUCGGAGAACUCUGGCAUGUCACACUCAUCAUGUUCCUAUGGCUCUUGCUCAUGGUUGGCUUCAAUCUCUUCCUCGCGCAACAUCUGCCAUUAGCCGAAGGCAUCGUACUUGUGUUACACGUCUUCGCCUUUUUCGCCUUUCUUAUCCUCUUUUGGAACAUGGCUGAACGCUCACCUGCGAAUCAAGUCUUCACCACUUGGACAAACGGAGGAGGCUGGAGCUCAAUGGGUGUAUCGGCGCUCGUUGGUCUUGGUACUCCAUUAUGGUGCUUCAUUGGGCCGGACGCGGGUGCGCACAUGUCUGAAGAGCUCAAGGACGCCUCGCGAGUUCUGCCUCUGGCCAUGAUGUGGGCCGUCUUCUUCAAUGGCGUCUUUGGCAUCAUCAUGAUGAUCACCUUUGUCUUUUGCGGCGGCGCUUUGCAAUCCGUCUUGGACUCUGCCACUGGCGUUCCUGUCCUACAGGCAGUCUACAACGCUACAGGCUCAGUCGCUGGCACCGAGGUCAUGGGCGCCUUGCUCGUUCUUCUGAUCUUCUUCGCCGCCGUCUCAGUCACGGCUGCCUCGUCACGCCAGAUCUGGGCUUUUGCGCGCGACAAAGGCCUCCCAUUCUCUUCCUGGAUCGAGCAUGUCCCUGUAGGAUGGGAUAUUCCAGUCAAUGCGCUGCUCGUCUGCCUUGGCUCGUCGCUGGUGCUAGCUUGCAUCAAUUUCGGCUCCGAAGUCACACUCAACGCUAUCGUAUCGAUAUCCAAUGCCGCGCUCAUCUUCUCAUACAUCAUCUCGAUUGGAUGUGUCCGGCUCAAGCGGCUGAGAGGUGAGCCUCUAUUGCCUCGUCGAUGGAGCUUGGGUAAAUUUGGGGGCAUCAUCAAUGAUCUUGCGCUCGCAUUCUUGAUCGUAGCAUUUGUCUUCUCUUUCUUCCCAAUGACACCAAAUCCGGCAGCCGUGGAUAUGAACUGGGCCGCACUCAUGUUUGCUGCACUGGCUGUCAUUGCCACAGCCAACUACUUUGUCAGUGCAAGGAAUAGCUACAUCGCUCCGGAUCUGGUCAAGCUCGCAAUAGCAAACAUGGUUCUCGAGCCACUUUUCCCUCCACUCUUCUUCCGAGGCCAGUUCGAGAGUACAGGGUGCCACAUAGCUAGGAAAGCCAUAGUGCCUGAGAUCCUCACGAGCUGCUGA